AUGUCCUCGUCCUCGUCUUCGGCCUCGUCGGUGAAGAGGGCUUGCGACGCCUGCCACCGUCGUAAAGUCAAGUGCGACGGCGUCAAUCCGUGUCGCAAUUGCUCGUCGGCGCAAUUAUCGUGUACAUACCACGCCAUUCCCCAGAAGAAGGGUCCCAAAGGGUCGCGGGCCAAGGUUAUCAGCGAAUUGCGCGAAACCCAACGACAGACAACCCUCUCCUCGAAAGUCGCGAAUCGAUUGAACGGCGUCAGCAGCCCACCAUGUAGCCCGACACUCGCGCCUACUCCUGGCCUCCUUACCAGUGACAUGAUCAAGGACUGCAUCGACUUCUUCUUCGCAAACAUGUACCCGACGUUACCCAUUCUACACCGCGGACGCUUGGAACAGCAGGCUCAAUACGCCGAUCAGAAUGUCGAUACUUACUGUCUCUUGACAUCGCUAUGCGCAUUCAUGAUGAUACAGCCAGGCAUGGCAAUACCUGGCGAUCCUCUCGGACUCGACAAUCUGCCUGGUGCGAACCUUGUGUCGGGGAACCUGUUGAUGGAGGAGACCUUGAGGGUGAGGAAGAGUUACGACUACCUCGAGGCGCCGACAUUGAACAGCUUGGCUACAAGUUUCUUCCUGUUCGGAUGUUACUUUGGUUUGGAUCUACAUAACAAGGCUUGGUUCCAUCUGCGAGAGGCGACAACGCUGUCACAUAUUCUUGGUUUGCAAAAGGAGGAUUCCUAUGUACAGUUUGAUGCUGUUGAAUCGUCGAGGAGGCGAAGGCUAUAUUGGCUGCUCUUUUUCCCUCCCAUACUAACCCCCAACAGAGCGUAUGCCCUUCAACGACACCGACCCCUUUCGCUCCAGGCUACCAUCUCACUGCCAACCCAAAACGACGAUCCUUCAGAUACACAAGCCGAACAUCUACACGGCUUCUUGCAUCUGGUCAAUCUCUUCCGCCCAUUUGACGAGGGCUUCAUGGCGCUGUGGAACAAGACACGGACCGAUUGCUCACCGGCUUACCUUGGCGCGCUUCAGAAGCAAUUGAACGAUGCCCUACCGACAUACCUCAACUCGACGGAUAAUCAAACAUCCGACCUGAGGACAAGCCAACAAUGGCUACGGACCAUGGUGUGGCAGUUGAGUAUUCAGAAUGGCUGCUUGAGUUCUGGUCAUGAUGACCCAAGCAUGACCUUCCAAUAUCCGGUAGAAAUCGCCCGAGAUUUACUUUCAAUGACUUCCCAAUUCUCGCAACAGAGCAUGGAAGUGCACGGCAUGGGCCUGAUUGAGAAGCUCUUCGACGUCGCAUGCUCGUUAACGGAUGUCCUGUCCCUUCUACCCCCCAAUCCAGAUCCGUUCCAACCCGGACCCCGUGACUACCUUCACGACUUUAUCCGUCUUCUAUCAGUCCUUCGCAACGGCGACCACCGCUUCCUUCCACUGCUUCUAUCCAAAGUCCACGAUGUCCUUCCUCGCCUCGUCAACCCCAUGCUUCAAACUGUCCCAGAUACCCCAGCAAGUAACAACAUGUGCGCCGAUGUCGAUAUCUUUGAUGGCUUCGGCAACGCUGGAAUGGGAGUUGCAAGUAAUUUCCCAGGCUACAAUGGAGAUGGGACGAGCGGUCAAUUCAAAGUCGAGCCUGAUACCGAUUUUACUCGUCCUGCAAUUACACCAAUGCCAUAUGAUAAGCGAAUCGACGACUUAUCGUCACCUGUAAAUGGAUCAAAUAAUAACGACAACACCCCGUACACAAGCCCAACUAUAAUACAGAGCCCAAUGGAGUUCCCAGACAUAGCAGAGUACAACAGCUUCCCAGAUCUAACCUCGCCUCACAUGGGAAAUCCCCUGCCUUCAUCCAACCAUCUAGGGAAUUUUGGUGAAGGAGUGGGUGGUGGCGGAAGACCAGUUGGAUUCAAGCAGGAGUACGAGGGCAUUCACCGGAGCGGCAGCAUGCAAUCGACCAGGAGACCUUCAAUACGACAAGGCAGUGCAUCGAGUUUUGGUAUGCAAAUACCUAGGAGUAUACCGGAGCAGUUCAAUCACUUGCUUAGGACGAGUAGUAAUGGGGACGCUAUUGAUAUGGGGAUGGGGAAUCUGAAUGAUUCACCAUUUCGGUAA